AUGGACUUUUCCCCUAGUUAUCAUUCAAGAGAAGAUUCUGACAACGAUUAUUUACCAGCUAGUGAUUCUGACUCUGAUACACGUUCUCCAAAACGCCUUCGCAUAGACACACUUGAACGUGAAAUAAAUAUGAGGGUUGGUCAAACUGGAAAUGGAAUAGGAGGAGAAAGUACAACAAAUGGAAGAUCUUCAACUAAUACUAACGGCAAUGUGCAAUCUUCAACUAAUGGUCAAUUUUCGACUAAUAAUGGUCUGCAAGGAACUCGAAGACGUGAGAUCGUCAGGCUAAUGGUGCAAGCAAUGCAAGAUAUGGGUUAUAAUCAAGCCGCCACAACCUUAGAAAAUGAGUCUGGUUUCCCACUUGAAAGUAAAGAUGUUGCAAGAUUUAAAGAUGGUGUUUUAAAUGGUGACUGGGCUUUAGUAGAAAGUCUUCUUCCAAUUUUAGAAUUGGAUAAUAAACAAAAAUUUUUUGAAUUAUUAGAAUCUAGUCAGUUAAAAAAAGCUCUGCACGUAUUAAGAACUGAACUUACACCACUUGAUUUUAAUUUGGACAGGGUUCAUGUUUUAUCUAGUUACAUUAUGUAUUCAAAUGCUGAAGAUUUAAGAUUUCAUUCUGAAUGGGAUGGUGCUAAAGGAACAUCGCGUCAAAAAUUAUUGCUAGAACUUCAAAGAUACAUUUCACCCUCAAUUAUGGUUCCUGAACAUCGUUUAGAAACAUUAUUAGAACAAUCCAUAACUCUACAACCUUCAGCUUCAAGGGAUAAAACUGCUAUCAUAUGGAGUCUUGAGACUUUGGAUGUUGUUCAUAUUCUAAGAGAACAUACAGAUUGUGUUUCAUUUUUAUCUUGGUCUCCAGAUGAUUCAAAUUUAUUAACAUGUGGACAAGACAACAAAUUGAAACUUUGGAAUGUUGAGUCAGGUGAAUGUCUUAAAACAAUGCACAACCAUGUUGAUCCUGUAACUACAUGUGCAUGGUUACCAGAUGGUAAAAGUUUUAUAUCUGGUAGCCAAGAUAAAAAUACUUAUUUAUGGUUUUGUAUGGAUGGAGUGGAGUUAGGAUAA